GGGAGAGAGGACAGCGUUUUAUCAGCCAAGUGCAGCCUGAAUCGUGAGGAGCGGACGAUGGGGAAAAAAAUCCCUCUCCUGUUUCCUUUCCUCUAGCAUCACCUUCAUUAAGAUGUAGACCGGUGCGCGUCCAGAAACCCGGAGCCUGCUGGUCACAGGAGAAUCCUUCUUCCAACAGUUCUUAGUAAAGAACCAAACACAUUUUGGAUUUACGGCGCACUUGUUCUGAACUAAAAGGGGGCUCCUUAAUUUCUUUCUAUAUGUUUGGAGGUGUUGGACCGCAUCUGAGCUGAGUUUUACCUCUGGAAGGGCACCAAUUUGAUUUCCAAACGCUGGAACGUCAGGAUUCUCUGUCCUUAUGGGGCUUUUGGGAGGACCGGACCUUAUCCUAACGGGACGUAACGCGAACAGGAAUACAGUGUGAAGGAAGAAAUAAAAGCGCAACGAAUGGGAUUCUUCUUUAACGAGGACAGACCUCUCGACAUAAUCAACCCUUAAACCACGAUCGCCACCGCGCCGCUACUCCUGCAUCUACAACUCAGAAUGACAGACACUCUUCAGUGAAUGGCAGCUCCACCCCCAAGAAUUGAUGUUUGAAAAUGAAAGUGUUCAUCUUUCCUUCAGAGGAUGCUGACAGGACUUUUUUGUGGAGUGUUUUCCAUCUAGUGAGGAAUAUUUCUCAGAUGUACAGGAAGAAAAUUAAUGACUGCUACCGUUCCUCUGGAUGGUUGGAGCUCACUGGGUUAUAAAAAGGGCUCUUAGCAACUUCAGCCGUCAUCUGCACAAGUCACCCUGGAUUUUGUUUGUGUUUGCAUCUGCAUGGCAUAAGUGGAAAAGCUUAACUGAACAUAUUUUCAUUAAGGAUAAAAAACUAAGCUGAGAACUGGCAAUCAUGUCUCAGUGGAGGCACCACUCAGAAACUUGGAGUGCUCUCUUUCAGACUGCCAGGAAAAGGGGCAGGAGGAUGGGAUGUGAGCUAAAGAGAAGAUCACUGGGCAUGGGCUUCUGGGUGUUUACACUAACAUGGGUUGGACUGCUGCUUCUGCUGUGUCCGGUUGCCGUGUUGGCCGAGAAACUGGACGAGAAUGACCCGGUGGUCACGACCGCCUACGGCAGGCUGCGCGGCAUUAAGAAGGAGCUCAACAAUGAGAUCCUGGGGCCCGUCAUCCAGUUUCUGGGCGUCCCCUAUGCCACCCCGCCCACCGGCGAGCGCCGUUUCCAGCCUCCGGACAUGCCGGCAUCCUGGUCGGACAUUCACAAUGCCACACACUUUGCUCCGGUGUGUCCUCAGAGCAUUGUGGAGGGCCGUCUGCCAGAUGUUAUGCUGCCAGUUUGGUUCACCAACAGCAUCGAUGUGGUGUCCACUUACGUUCAGGACCAGAGCGAGGACUGCCUCUAUCUCAACAUCUACGUUCCCACUGAGGAUGUCAAAAGAAUAUCCAAGGAAUGUGCCAGGAAACCGGGCAAGAAAAUAUGUAAACAAGGAGGUCCCCUUACAAAGAAACACACUGAUGAUUUAAGUGAUAGUGACCGCACGGAUGAUGAAGAUAUAAGGGAGAGUGGAAGCCCCAAGCCGGUGAUGGUUUUUAUCCAUGGGGGUUCUUACAUGGAAGGAACUGGAAAUAUGUUUGAUGGCAGCAUCCUAGCCAGCUAUGGGAACGUCAUCGUUAUUACAGUCAACUACCGCCUGGGCGUCCUAGGAGAGACGGGCGAGGUGGAAGGGAGCGCGGGCGGCCCGCUGCUGCUGCUCUUCAUCCCUGCCUCUCUGUCCCCGUCCUCUUCAUCACAUGGAUCUCCCCUGAGCAGACGCUGUGAGUGCAUAGUGCCAGCGCAGCAGGCUUUUAUUGUGAUUGAGUCUGCUGCUUACUAG